GUUGAGGUGUGACACACAACAUGCUCCCUGGAAACGGCUACGAGUGGUCCCCUCUGCGGCGGGACGGGCGCCGGGACAAUGAGGGCUGGUGGUUGGCCAUCUGACAGCGUCAGCUGUCGGUUCGCUUGUUUGACAGUUAACGUUUUGUUGUGGGAGGAUUUUACUUUUUUGUGAGCUGGUCCUCGGCCCCGACUGUCCGCUCCGUCGUUGUGCAGCCAGCAGCAGCAUGUCGCAGGCGACAGGGACGAUGUUCGAUCAGGUCGUUCACCAUCUCCUCCAAAACCUUCCCGGUGACCCCCGAGUCACCAGGGAUGACGAGAAGAGUUUCUCUCGCGCGCGGGAGCACAGCAUCGAGGAUUUCAAGGUCCUCACCCUCCUUGGCAAAGGCUCCUUUGCAUGUGUUUACAGGGCAAAAUCACAAAAAAAUGGUCUGGAGGUUGCCAUCAAAAUGAUUGACAAAAAAGCGAUGCACAAAGCUGGUAUGGUCCAGCGUGUGACGAACGAGGUGGAGAUUCACUGUCGAUUGAAACACCCUUCAAUACUCGAGCUUUACAACUACUUCGAGGACAGCAACUAUGUGUACCUGGUGUUGGAGAUGUGCCACAAUGGAGAGAUGAGUCGGUACCUUAGAGAGCGGAAGGUGCUUUUCUCUGAGGAUGAAGCAAGACAUUUCAUGCAUCAAAUAGUGAAAGGGAUGCUGUAUUUACAUACUCACGGCAUCCUGCAUCGAGAUCUGACCUUGUCCAACCUUCUGCUGACCAGCAACAUGAACAUUAAGAUCGCAGACUUUGGCCUGGCCACUCAGCUCAAACUCCCGACUGAAAAGCACUUCACCAUGUGCGGAACGCCCAACUACAUCUCCCCUGAGGUGGCCACUCGCAGCGCUCACGGUCUGGAAUCGGAUGUCUGGUCACUGGGGUGCAUGUUCUACGCCUUCCUGAUGGGGCGCCCUCCGUUCGACACUGACACGGUCAAGCACACCUUGUCUAAAGUGGUUCUCGGGGACUAUGAGAUGCCAAGUCACGUUUCCCUAGAGGCUCAGGACCUGAUUCAUCAGCUGCUCCAGAGGGACCCCAACCAGCGGCCCAGCCUCUCUGCGGUACUGGACCACCCGUUCAUGACCCACAGCCUGCUGGGCAGGACCAGGGAGCUGGCGUUGAGGGAUGAAGGCUCCAUGGACAGCGGCAUCGCCACCAUCUCCACAGCUUGCACCUCGUCCACCUCUGCGAGCAGCAGCAGCCGCCUCCAGAGGAGAGCCGGGCACGUGAUUGGCUCCGCCCUGCCCAAUCGCAUGACGCCUAUUCCUAGUCUUCCACGCCAACCUGUCAACAGCACCUGCUUCGAGGACGGAGACCAGUGGCAAAUGCAGCACCCGGCAGACAGAUUUCACAGAGAGGGCAGGAGCCGGGCGGUUCAUGGCGGAGAGAGCGGACAGCCUCAUUCCCGGUACCUGCGGAGGGCUCACUCCUCAGAUCGCUCCGCCUCCUGUUCAUCGGGCCAGGGGUCAGGUCACGAGCUGGGGAGGUGCCACUCGGAGGACACAUUGACUGCUGUAGGAGCGCCGGUCUUCUCCCGGCCCCCCUCUCAACACCCAUUCUCCGAACACGGAAGGCUCCCGUCUCCUCCUGUCAAACAGUCAGUAAACUCAGGGUUUUCACAGACGGCACAUCCACCACACCUGCAAUACCAAGACCUGGAGGGAGUCACCAACUGGCUCAAUAAUGAUGGUUCUGGACAGAGGCUGGCAGACAGCAGCACACACAGCAGCACACACAGCAGCAGAGGACCAUCAGGGGUUCACGGUUCCUGGACAGAGAAGCCCACGGGCCGAAGUGUGAAUCCACACCACAGCCAGAACCACCUGCACCACCAGCUUCCCUCCAUCGCCGACUCGUACCGGGAGAACCGACCUGGAGCAGAGUUCCUGCCUCCUCACGGCAGGGAGCUAAAGCUGCCCUCGGCCAAACCCAGCACAGAGAAGGAGAAGAAAACUCUGAGAGACGUAGUCCCGCCUCUGUGUGCCUCCAGGCUCAAACCGAUCAGACAGAAGACCAAAAAUGCUGUUGUGAGCAUCCUGGAGACGGGCGAAGUGUGCAUGGAGUUGUUGAAAUGCCAGAGUGGUCAAGAGAGAGUCAAGGAAGUGCAUCGAAUCUCCUGUGACGGUUCAAUGGUGACUAUAUACCAGCCUAAUAACGGGAAGGGUUUCCCUGUGCUGGACUGCCCCCCCGCUCCUCCAGAAGACAUUCUCAUCUGCAGCUUUGAAGAUCUUCCAGAAAAAUACUGGAAGAAAUAUCAAUACGCCUCCAAGUUUGUGCAGCUCGUGAAAUCCAAGACUCCUAAAGUGACUCUUUACACCAAAUACGCUAAAGUCAUGCUGAUGGAGAACUCUCCCAAUGCAGACCUGGAGGUUUGCUUUUACGAUGGAGCAAAGACCCACAAGACGUCGGAGCUGGUGCGAGUGGUGGAGAAAAGCGGGAAGUCAUACACGGUGAAGGGGGAGGUGGGCCUGAGCGGCCUGAGCCCAGAGAGUCGGCUGUAUGUGGAGAUGUCCGACGAGGGCCACAGCAUGUGUCUGUCACUAGAGGCCGCCAUCGCGGCGGAGGAGCAGCGCAGCACCAAGAACGUCCCCUUCUUCCCCAUAACCAUUGGGAGGAGACCGGCCAACCCCGACUCCCCGUGCUUGUCGUCCGUGCCCCCCCACCACCCGGCGCCUCACGAUACAGCUUCACCUCCUCAUCCUCCCCAGAUCACUCCUUCAAUGAUGUCCUAUGACGGGUCUGAUUUCACCACAGCCAGCCUCAGUAAGAAACACUCCCCAGUGAGACAGGACCUGGUGCAAAGCACAGGGAAAGUGGUCAAGUCGAUCUUUGUGCCAAAUGUUGGAUGGGCAUCCCAGCUGACCAGUGGAGAGGUGUGGGUGCAGUUCAACGACGGGUCUCAGCUGGUGGUUCAGGCUGGAGUUUCGUGCAUCACCUACACGUCUCCAGAGGGGAAGAUCACCAGGUACAAAGAGAACGAAAAGUUGCCGGAGCACGUCAAGGAGAAGCUUCACUGUCUCUCCACCAUCCUUGGACUUUUGGCAAACCCGAAGGCACAUCACCGACAACCUCAGUAACACUUAAGGGAGAAAAAAAACAGAACCAUCCCAGCAGCACAGAGGCCUAGCUGGGAACUGAAAGUAGCAUUAGGAACCUUUAUACUUGUUUGUCUGCUGUUCUUGUAAAUACAUCUAUGUGUCGUUUUUUUUACUUGUACAGAAGACUGAGAUUAUGAAAAGAUAUAUUUUUAUUUUAAUAAGAAACCAUUUUGUGUAGACAAUUGGCUGACCUGAAACGUUUAUACGCUUGUCUCCAAUUCCAUGAAAUGUUAGAUUCAUAAACGCUGAAACAAUAAACACCUGGAGGCUGGCAGAACAGUCGCAGCA